UUUCCAUACUUUUGCUCAUUUCAUACUUUUGCUUCGAUACUCUUUUCCAAAGACAGACCAAGUGAGUUUAAGUCAAUCUUCUAGCAACACAGGACUAAACGACUGUUCGGAAGUUCCUUCUCAGUGGUGUCUUUCGGAUAGUGGCAUCGCCAUGAGUGAGGACGCAAUGAAUACUACCUUGAGUUACUACACUCUGCAGCCGUCGUCGCGUCAGCUGCUCGCCAGCCUUUCGGCCGAUCAUGAAAUCGAAGUGAAGCGCGAAUCCGUAAACGUAACGAAUCGUUGUUUCGUACGCGACAAUCGAAUGCUGUUGAUCUACGAGCUGAAUGGGAACAAGUGGACGCAAGUCCAUAAGGAACCCGAACUUUUCUCGGUCGCGUAUGCUACGGAAAACUAUCCUUGGGAAGUAUAUGAUGGUGGACUGCUGCUAGUUCGUAAGGUCGAGGGUGUCGUCGUGUACCGAUGGGCCAACGGUAAGCUCGAUCAAGUGCUUGUGAUUUCCGAGUAUCACGAUGCGUAUGGAUACGAUACGCUGGAUAGCAGCAUACUGUUGGGAAAGUUGUUUGUGUCCGACAAGUUUAUUGGAGUCGUUGCCCGUGUGCAAUCCAGUGUCCAGUUUCAUUCGAUUGAUCUGACUAACACAGGGAAGCCGCUCCAGGCUUUAUCGCGCCCUCCGAAACUGGGCGUGGAAUGGACGAAGCCCUCAUCGCGCAUUACACUGAUCGAGCAUGUUGACGACAAGCCUCAAUUGUCUAUCGCGCUGCGUACGGAAUCCGAAUUGCAGCUGUUCCGGUUUGAUGAACAAUACGAACUGAAACUACUGGCCACGGUUUUGGAGUUUCCGCCAAUUAGUAAGGACUAUGAUCGGAUUGUGUUCGCCAAGUUCGACAAUACCAAGUACAAUGAUCUGUUGCACUUUUCCAACGAUGGCCUGAUGAUGUACCGCUACAAUGAGACUGUGGGCACCUUCGAGAAGGUGUACUAUUCGACGGAAUUCUCCAAGCUGCGAGGCUGGACCGAUCGAACUGUGAAUACGAUCUCGACAAUUGACAUUGACGGCGACGGAAUGGAUGAGCUGUUUGGUUCAGGCCCGCUAGGGCUCUGCCUGUAUAUGCCUACAUUUACAAACGAUGGUUUCGAGUUAACCAACGUAUUUGAUUCGUCAAUCACUGAUCUCUCGCUUCGUUACGGACUUCCGAAGCUUGCAACGAAGGCAACGAGUAAAGUUGAGGGGUAUAACAUUCUUCUGUACACCGGAGAGCAGCUGAUCAGCGUGAAAGCCAAUUCUUACCAACCAGAUUCCACCGUAAUACCGACAAGCGAAUUGAAGCCCAACGUUACCAGUACAACAUCGUCAGCUGUUCCCCUGCUGGUACCACAGAGUAAAUACGUUCUCUGGCUGCAUGAUCAACUCGACUUGACGACGAUACUACAACCGCUGAACCCACACGCCGGCACGGUGGAGUUGUCGAUCCCGCUCAUCGAGCUGCAAAACCCGUUCGGUGUAAGCGUCCGAAAGGUGGUGCAGUUCAAGAACAUUCCCUACGAGGGAGUUCUUGGCCAGGGAUGGUCGUUGCCGCUGGACUACAUUGCUGUUGAGCGUAAGGGUAGUGCUUUUCGUCAGGAUUAUCAAUAUGCUAUUGUGAAAAACAACAACCGGAUUCUAUUGCGUGCGCGCCCGGAGUGGGACAAUGCUUGGAAACGGUAUUUCCAGGUGGACGGAUACCGUCAUGCUCGGAUAUUCUAUCACGAGAAGCAGAACCGAUGGGAGGUGACAAUGCAUGAUCAUACCUUCGUGUAUGGAUCGUGGGAAAAAUUGAAGACCUUCAGUCAGGAAAUGGUUUGCAGCACAUGGCCACUUUGCGGACCCAAAUCUAGGAAAGAUCAGAAUUUACCCACAAAGUGGUAUCUAGUACACGAGCAGAAUGAGGCAGGUCACUACGCUAACUAUUACUACGACCCAGUUGACGGUGGUCUCAGCUAUCGCUUGGCUAGUAUACGCUUGGAUAACGAGCACUCGGUGACUCUCAAAUACGCCGAGGAUGGAAGACUAUCCAACUUUACCCUCUCGACAUCGGCUUACGAUCAGAGGGUGGCCUUCGGGUAUGAGGGUAAGCGAUUGAUCAGCAUCAAGCAGGAAGAUAGACCGUUGUUCGCGUUCGAGUACGAAAAAGAGCGAUUAUCCAAGAUCACAUACCCGAAUGGUUUGCAAUCGAAAUUGGAGUACGAGGACGUUGCUAUCGAUCGCACGCGCUCCGAGGAGAUUGUGUCGGUGGAGGAGAAUCCAACGAUCUAUUAUGGGCCCGACUAUAGCGUCAUACUGUGUAACAGUGAUGAAGGUGGCACCGAACAUAAGGUAAUGACGGUUCGUACGCUGCUCGGUGGUACCGACAGCGAUAAGGUGACAACGGAGAAUCUGCGCCUGGGCCAACCGAAUAUAAAGAAUCAAAUGGUUCACGCACUGGACAAUCUGCUGGUAGUUGUGUUGAUCUACGAAACGCACAAGGACGUCACGGUGUUUCAGCACGUGAACGGCAAAUGGACGGAGAAGAAGCGCUACGACGCGUUUCCACUGCUUGGGACGAUCGGUGCCGGUAAGCGUUUCGUGGUUCUGUAUGAUCUAAAGACCAUCCAGGCGCUUACGAUCAAGGGCCGCGGACAGCUGGACGUCAAUACAGUGGACAAGGUGACCAACACCAACUUUCUUAUCCGCGAAUUCGUUAACGGGUUCGUAACUUACGAUGAGUUCGGCACGCUGUCUGUCUGGGCGAUCAAGGCGGACGGAUCAUCAAGCCGGUGGAUUAGAGGACGAAUGACACCCGAGUUGGCAAUAUACAUGGAAAUUGAGCGGUUUGUCGCGGCGUUUGAUCUGUCGGCCGAGUUUCGGGAAGCACUUCGCAAAGGGCUUCGAGCAGAUGCAAUCACAAUGUACCAGAAUGCGGUCGUUCUACGAGCACCGGUCCUGGUAGAUCAAAAGCUCACAGUAGUCGUUCAUAUCCUUAGUGUGGAUUUCUCCGGAACGGCUCCAUAUGUGCGUGAUACGAAGGUUGCUAGCAUACCGGUGGCCGAUUUCCGUACAUACGAGUACGAUAUGCGCACCAAGGAUGGCGAUCUGUUCAAGCUGGGCUAUCGACUGCAGGGUAAAACGCUUGAAUUAUCGGUGAGGUCUAGCAAAGGGCCACUCAUGGAAAGCCUGGAAAAGCAAAGAAAGAAAGCAUACGAUGAGGUCAAUGCUAGUCGUGAGAGUGAAAGUUCCAAGAAGAAGUACCGCCAGGAUGUAGACAAGACUCUGCAGGAAGAGACAAACAAGAUCUAUCGUACAGUCGUGGAAAAGGUUCAGUUCGCUAUGGACCUGUCGCAGUUCGGUGUCCUGUCGAAUGUGAACGGUAUUUUGACUGCGAACACACAGCUGACCUUCGAUGGGGAGACUUGGGUGCAGAAGCGCGUCGGUGAACAAACGAUGCGGUUGGAGCAGGUAGACGAGAUGCUAAGCGAUGGCUACAAGCUGGUACGUAAUGGACGGUUCGACACGUUCAAAAUCUAUGACGUGAAGCAGAAUAGCACCAUCUUUGAUACGUACACCAGCAAUCCGAACGAGCUACAGAUCGUUGCUCCGCGCUAUGUUCAGGCACAGGCACGCCAUCGAUCACUGAGAGUGUUCUUCUUCAAGACCCGGGAAGUGUUUACAUUUCCACGUAUGGAUAAACUGAACCGUGCCAGUAACAGCAUUGCUCUGGUGAUGGUACGUACCCUCGGUGCCGCUAGUCGGUAUGUGAUUUUCCGACCGGUGGACUCCUUUCUGCUGAACCAGACCACGGUCUUUAGUCGCCAGACGGUACGGUUGAACGAGGAGGAGACACGCAUUACUAGCUAUCUCUUCGAUGCAGCCGAUGCGCACCUCUCGAGCGAAGGAGCCACCUUCUAUCGGGCGCGAAUCGUGCCCGGUGGGAAUAGCACGCAGUACGGUUGGCACGAACAGAGCACCGACAUCAAGAGUGGCAAGACAAGCGAGAAAUCCUUCUCCGGUGAUGGCCGUGAGGUGACGGUACGAGAGAAGAGAAAAAACGAAGAGUCAUCGAAUGACAGCAAGGACACCGUGAUCUGGGAUCAGAGCAAGCAGCUGAAGAUCGUAGAUCUCGGCCCAAUAUCGGUCGCCGAUCAGAUAGUGUCGUACUAUGGUUUCGAGAAGUACGAGCUCAAACAGUAUGGGAAUCCUAAGGCAAACCUAAGCUGGACGUUCAACGAGAGAGAUAUUCAUUUUGAGCAUGAGAAUCAUUAUCUCAAGCUUGCGUAUGGCCAAUCGCUGAAGGCUACCUUCCGGCCAAAGGAUCCGCUGAAAGUGUUUCUAGCUACAUGCUGGGUACGGGUUGAUCAGCCAGUGGGCGAAAGUAUUGACAUCUUGCGAGUGGCCGUAGUCAAUGAAGCGGAUAACUCCACCCAAAGCUUUUCAGGAGCUAAGGUACAUUAUCCGAUACAGAACUGGCACUACAUCGAGACGAUUAUCGAUACGACCAAAUAUCCACAAGGGUCCAAGCUUCAAGUGGCGAUCACCUUCGAGCCGACAGCCAACUACAAGACUAUCGAUGUGGAUCAUGUUCGCUUUUCACCGCUAGACUUCAACUUUCGGGCCAACAUCUACACGCCCAUCAUGGCGGAUCUACGUGCCGUGCUCAGUAACAAUGGGCUACCAAGACAGAGUUUGUACAGUCCACGUGGUAAACGUGUGCUACUGCUGUCGGAGCGUGGCCAGAUUAUGGACUUUUCCAUGCAUUCGAAGAUGGUGUUUGCUGAGGCACUUGGGAUCAAGCAGAGUCUCGUCGAGAUGAAACCACGCCGCGGAUUUUACGAUCCAUUCCAUCAGACCGAUUGGACGGCGAACAAGCCUAACGAUUGGGUGUUCCGGCAUGGUAUAUUGAACUACAAGAAUGAUGCCGCUACCAGUCCGGGCGAGGUCGUUCGUACCUUCGCAGGACCAUUCCGUACAUUAGCCCUUCGAUUCCUGUACCAUCUAAAGUCAAACGAUGGUCAUCUUGCGUUCAGCUGGAAUUCACAAGAGAUUAACAUCACUUGCAACCGCUGCCCUCAUUUCCCGGAAAUAGGCGAAGUGUUCAUCUUCAUAACUCCGAAGCGUGUGUCGGUGUGGUUAGAGGGCUGCCUGCUCAGCGAGACGCUAGCGUCCAGCACCGAUGAUACGGGUGUAUUUCGGCUACGACCAACUGGUACCUUCACCUUUACCGAGUUUGCCGUUAUGUAUGACUCGCGAGUGAAGAUAACAUAUCACAACCGGAUGGGCCGGCCGGUGCAGAUCAUUGAGUAUGACGAUCCGAGUACGGUGCGAAUUCGAGAGAUCCUCUACGAUGAAAUUGAUCGUCCGACCAUGCAAACCAAGUGGACCAAAUUGGUUAGCCUGGGUAAGGAAUACUUUGCAUUCCGGGAAGACUUUGUCACUUCGAUUGGUCAAACGUCGGGCCGCAUGGCCGGUAGGGUAGCUGAAGCUAAUCCAUCUUGCGAAGGCUAUCCGUUCUCGCAGACCAUCUACGCCAACGAUCCUACCGAGAAUAAGCAGCUACAGGGUUUACCGGGCCAGGAUUAUACGGUUCGGGGAAAAUAUCGAAGACGCUACUCGAUGAAACCGGAAGUGGCACUAUUGCGCAUACUGUUUCCUGAGUCCCAAGGCUACCGACAGCGAAUUGUUGAACGUCCGGGUGGUGCGAUACGGGCCAAGGUGGAGGAUUCGCGAGGCAACAAGGUGGCCAAGUAUUGGAAAGUAGGUAACUAUGAGGACCGCCUCACGACCUAUCUUUACGACUCAGAAAAUCGGUUAGUACGAGAGCUCCCCCCACAGUACCAUGCUCUCGUGGGCACCUGUUCCAGCAGGAUACCUCUGUCUCAGAUAAUAAGAACGGGCGAAAUGGUAAAUCUUUAUAACAAGUGGAUGGUUGAGCAAAUUUACGAUGAAAAUCACAUGCUUACCAAGCGUACUCCGGACGGCGGCUCGUACGAGUACGUCUACAACGAGCAAGGUAUUUUACGGUUUUCGAUGCACUUUGAUGCAUCAGGCAAACUGGAUCGUGUGAUUCACUUCGCUUACACCUCCAAUGGCAAGGUAACGCGUGAAGCGCUCGUUAAUCUGGACCGCAAGCAGUGCUUUGACAGUGUCAAUUCAGAUGACGUGCCCGACUCUAACGAUCUCAUAGAAGCCGUGUACGGUGAGCUGGAUUUGAAUCCGAUGGUCCGCUACCGGUCACAGCAAUCCACACGCCGGAUCGGCGAGAAUCGGAUGAUGGAGAGCUUAAUCUUCGAUGAGGACGAUCGAUUGACCAAGAAAGUGUUCAUCGUGCCUACCAUCAACACGACCUAUUCGAUCGACUACGAAUGGGAGAAUGGUGUGCUACAGGGAAUCCGUUAUCCGAUCGAUUCCGCUGUCGGACCUUUAGAGAUACUGUACGAAUAUGGUGGCCAUGGAGAAGUAUCUGCAAUACGCCAUUCCACUAAGAAGCAUCCCAUGUUCUUGUUUACCUACAAUGCCAAUCGUGUUCUAGAGACGAUGACGGUGGAGCCCGGUAGUGAUCGUUCUUUCACACGAAACUUCACGUACAACGAGCCCGGCUUUCUGGUACAAAUUGAUGAUCCGUUCCUUAGUGAGAGAAUCAGCUAUUUGGAAACCGAUUCCUAUGGACAAGAUAACUACACUCCCAUCUACGAGGGACUUAUAUCGCAGACCUUCUUCACGGCACACUGGCAACCGAAUGUUGGAGCGCUCCGGAAUGGCAUUUUCCCGGAGUACUUCGUCAACGAACUGUUGAAUCACAAACAAGCCGCAGUUUGUUUCGAGGCUCUGCAACAAGCGGGUUACCUCCAGAACAAUCAAGUGAACAGAACCCUGUACGCCGAGCGGAAUGAUGAGCUGCCGCACAUUUGUGGGGAUCGAAUUCCGUUGAACCAUCUAGCGGGAGUGCUGAGCCGCAAGAGCUUCCCGCAGGAGUAUGGCCAUCGGUAUGAUUACGACGAUCAUGAUCAGAUGAUGAAAGCCAAAUACUUCCACGGCAAGGAAGAGCAUAAGCUAACACCCUUGACGCACAAGAGCUUCACCCGAGAGAUACCGGGUGUAAGUGAGCAGGACUCGAAGGCAAUAUGGGAUACGUUGACGUCGAACGAGUUCCUCACUACGGACUGCACCAAUCCGAGCCUGUGUCACGGUCGCCCUGGAAUAAAAUCGCUGUUUAUGAAAUUCGUUCAGCAGCAUCGCUUCAGCAACCAACUGGAAAUCAUGCUGUCACGUGCAAUCGCCGAUCGUACAGGAGUGAAUGAACAGGACUUUGAACGGAAAUGUGAACGCUGGAUCAAAGCAUCCCACAUGGUGAAGGCUAGAUGUGGGGAGGCCAAAGCAUUGCUCCAAAAGCACGGUGUAUUGGGAUCAUCUGCCGAUAGUCCACUGCAGGCAUUACAAGAAGAGUUUAGAAAUGCGUUGAAGGCAUUUGGCCAACAUAUACCAGAUAUUGUGCGUGUGCUGAUACACCAUUUCGCCACGGGUCUUGGUCGAUCGGCGGCCGAUGUGCAAUCGUACGAGAUUGACGCGAAUGGAAAUCAUCGAAUGUUUUAUACCGGCUUCACUCGUUACCGAAUGGAGUAUCGUGAAGGUACGAACCAGAUCACUAAGGUCCAUCGACUAAGCUUCGAUCGAGUGCAAAGCAAGGAACAGUCUUUCGAGAUGCAACAUAACAGUGAUGGGGCGGUGAUAAAGGCGGAACACAAAGGCAUCAAGCACAUGGAGUAUGACCGCAUAUUGCACCGCGUGUCCAAGAUCGAGAUGGUCGACGGACGGAAAGUAAUCUUCCAGUAUGAUGUGCGAGGAGAACGAACCUUCAAGCAGGUGCUAGAUGCCGAAGGAUCGGUUACCCACGAGAAGUACUACAUCCGAGAUGCGCAUGGUAUCGUGUUGGUGGACAUGGAGAUGACCUAUCUGGCUAGCGAUCAACCACCCGAUGUACGAGUUACGAGCUACCUGUACAAGGAUCAACAGUUGAUUGGAUUCGUUCGGAACGAUCAGCUGUACAGCGUGAUCACGGAUCACGAAGGAUCGGUCCGGUUGGUGGUGAAGAACGGAGAGGUUGUGGCGGCAUACGACUACCUACCAUACGGGCAGAUAUUCCGUCGCUAUGGUACAGAUUUCGAUGGUCAGAUAUCGUAUCUUUAUACAGGUCAGGAAUGGGACGAGGACAUCGAGCUGUACAACUACAGGGCAAGACUGUACGAUCCCGAUAUCGGACGUUUCUAUCAAAUGGAUCCCAAGGAACAGUAUGCCAGUCCUUACGUGUACGCCGGAAACUCACCGGUGUCGCUGGUCGAUCCGGAUGGUGAAUUUGCCUUCGCUUUAGCCGUUUUCAUUAUGGCCAUCGUUGGUGCGUACCUUGGUGCAGCCUCUGCCAACCAGUGCUGGAAUCCGUUGAAGUGGGACUGGCGUUCUUCGUCGACAUGGUUAGGUAUGCUUACCGGAGCCGUUACCGGUGCCUCCAUCCCUUUCAAUCUGGCUAGCUCGGUUGCUUUCUUUGUUGGACUCGGAUUGUCACUGAGCACGUCCAUCAGCAUCAUGAUCGGGGCCGGAAUCACGUUCGCGUACUUCACCAUCGCUGCCACUAGUGGUACAUGGGAUCCGACCAAGUUUGAUUUCACCAGUCCCAGCACUUGGAACGCCUUGAUGAACGGUGUGGCCACCUCAUCCUGGAUUCUCAUGAAUCCAUCGUCACUGCUAAGUUCCUUCGCCACCUUGACCACCGUCACGGCAAAGGCUCUGUUCUUUGUGUCUAAGAUGGUAUUGAGUCUCGGAUUCACCUACCUGUUUGCCGCCAUGAGCCAAGGUGGUGAGUUCGACGUCACAAAAUGGGACUUCUCGGAUCCUCAGCUGUACAUGAGCAUCGUGGAUGGGUUCACGACCGCCACCGUCGGUUUGUUGUUUGCGCGCAACCUUCCCAAGCAAAUCAGCAAAUGGAGCGGCAAAUUCAAACGAUCCUUCGAUGCGGUUGUCGCUAACACCAUUUCCUUCCGGGCGCAUGUGGUUCUUGGGCGCGAUUGGGCGUCGAAGAUUAUCCAAACGAAGAAUUUCCUCUACGUCAACUUCCGCAACACACAAACGCUACAGAAAGGAUUCCUUACCGUCGGCUUCUACUCGUUGAUCGUGUCACUUCGCUUCUCGGUUAUUUCGAACAGCGUCAUUCCCGCGUACAGUGCUGUGGAAUCAACCAUCAAUGUACUCUUCACGACGGAACAGUUUACCGACUUCAUUGUGAAACCAUUGGCCCCGUCGUCAUCGCGGUUGAUGCUACCGAAACCGCCGGCUUUGGGCCGGAUUGCCAAUUUUCGCUUCAAACCGAUGGCUAUCUCUAUGAAUGAGUCCAUGGCAUCUUCCACUGCUUCGUCACUUGCUAGCAUUUUUAAUACCCUUCGUUUACCCUUCGAGUGGUUGUUCGGAGAUACUCCGACUAUGUCGAAAGCCGACAUGAGUGAUUCCAAUGUUUCGUUUCCAACCAAAGCGACACGCAAAGAACAAUCCUCAUACACGCUAAGGAAUUGUUACCGCCUGCACGACGAACAGCACGCUGAGGGUGUGAUCAAAUGUUUUGGUCAUCGAACGAUCGUUUCCAUCGCUCCGAAGUAUAAACCGCUCGACACUUCUUAUGAAGGCUUAGAUCACUUUAAGUACUGUGUGCCUGUAACAUAUGAGGGAAAUCCUUCGGUUUCAUGUGAUGGAGAGUGGUCUUCACUGGUCUACACACCACACGAUACUGCCCGUUUGUUUGACUUUGUUGAUGGUUGGCUGCUAUUGGCACAAGUUGCACCAUCGGCCUAUCGAGAGAUUAAGGCUGGUAUCCGAUAUUUUUUCUCCAGACCACGAACCAAACGUUCCGACAUAGAAUCCGAGAGUGUUUUAGGGCAAGUUCAGUUCAUUUCCAGUAAGAUAGCUUACCUGCGCUCGCAGAUAGAAAAAUAUAACGCCGAUGCUAUGCGAUGGGCACAAUGGUCAUUGGAGGAUCUUGUUGAAGAUUUGGAGAAGUACAAGACAAAAGGAAAAGGCUCAUAUAUGAUGCUAACUGAUAGGGUUGAAGCUCUAGAGCAGGAAAUCAGCGAAACGAUUGCCGUACAUCGGCAGCAUCAAAGAAGGGAGGAAUCUCGUGUCGAGAAGGAUGUUCUUCGAGAUGAAGCGCUAGAAAGUGAAAUAACGUUACUGUUGUCACAUCAAGGUGGUCUUUUAAAUUUUAUGCAAAAUCAUCUAGGACAUGUAGCUUCCUUUAUAAAUUUCGGGGGCUUUUCUUUGAAGUAGAAAUACCUUAAGAUAAUGAUUUUUGUGUGAAUAUAGAAUUAAACACCUAAUAAGUAACCAAUUUAUAAAAUUGCCAGUUUCUUUCAGCCCAAACUAGGUAAUGCUUUCAGCAUAAACUAGGUAAUGCAAGGAUUCAAAAUCAGACCUUAAUAUUGGCCUUAAAGAUAUUGUUAUUGAAAAAGUUUUUCAUUGUUUCAUUGUUUGAGCAUUAUGUUUUCGUUGAGCAAACAUUCACUUCCUUCUCGUGAUAGGGUCAGGUUGAAUUUUUAUUGUUAUUCUCUAUAGCAUAAUGCUGGAAAAUCCUUACGGAUGUGUUCAAUUGCAUGGAAAAUAAAUAUGAGUUGAAUAUGCA